AUGGCAGCCAUAUCUGUUUUCCUUGUAUUUUACCUGUUUAUCUGCCCAUGGCCGCCUGCCCAAGCUCAGACAACAUUCGUCUUUCCCAGACUGAGUGGCUUAACGACUACGAAUUUGUCUACCCUGUAUUUUCAUGGGAGCGCUGUAAUGGAACCUGAUCUUAUAGGCAUCCGCCUCACCAAUCAAUCAGAAUACCUCACUGGUACUGUUUUAUACUCAGAACCUCUUCGUAUGAAAGAAAAUGGCUCCAAGAAUGCAACUUUAUCCUUCAGCACCACUUUCGUAUUCGCCAUGGCUCCUCCUCCAGAUGUUUCAGAAUUCGCAGAAGGACUGUGGUUUAUCAUAACGCCGAACAAAACACAUUUGGGAGGCCUACCAGGUUCGUACCUCGGUUUGUUCAAUUUAACAAGCAUGGGACAGCCCUUCAAUCAUCUCUUUGCAGUCGAAUUCGACACAUUUAUGAACCCAGAAUUCAACGACAUCGACGACAAUCAUGUAGGAGUAGAUCUCAACUCUCUUAUUUCUGUAGAAUCUAAAUCUUCAAGUUUCUGGGAUGGCAACCGGUCUGUACAGUUAGAUCUCAAUGGGAGAAAGAAUAUUCAAGUUUGGAUUGACUAUGAUCAUCUGAAAGAGCAGCUCAAUGUUACCGUAGCACUGGCUGGUUCCCUUCGCCCGGAAACGCCUCUCAUAUCUCAGACGAAUUUGAGUCUGCCCAACAUUUUCGAUGAAGAAAUGUAUGUUGGAUUCGUUGCAGGUACCGGAAGAUUUGUUCAAGAGCAUUAUAUACUCGCAUGGAGCUUCAGUACAAAUGGAACGGCACCGGCUUUUAACGCAUCUAUUCUUCCAUUCUUAAAAGACAAACAAUCCGAUUCCAGUAACAUAAAAUCUCGACUAAUUGUCGGCGUAACAGCAGCUUUCAUUGUGUUCUUCGUGCUCAUGGUUGCAAUUGUUUGGAUUAGAAGAAUGAAUAACAGAGACGUGAUUGAAGAUUGGGAGGUGGAGUAUUGGCCUCACCGAAUUAGCUACAAGGACUUAAGAAUUGCAACAAAAGGGUUCUCAGAGAAGCAAGUCAUAGGAUUUGGGGGUUUCGGCAAGGUUUACAGAGGAAUCCUUCCUACUAAUGGCCUCCAAGUUGCUGUGAAAUCUAUCUUUCGAGAGACCAGUGAAGGAGUGAAGGAAUUCAUAGCAGAGAUUUCAAGUCUCGGUCGUCUCCAGCACAGAAAUCUAGUGCAAAUCAGAGGUUACUGCAGGCGGGGACAAAAGUUCUUCAUAGUGAUGCUGUAUCUUCACGAAGGAUGGGAGCAAAGAGUUGUGCACAGAGACAUCAAAUCUUCAAACGUUUUGUUGGAUUCGGAGCUUCAUGCAAAGCUGGGGGAUUUUGGGCUUGCUCGGCUUUAUGGGCAUGAUGAGAAUUCCCAAACCACUCGUGUGGCUGGAACGCUUGGUUACAUUGCUCCAGAAUUGGUAUCCACAGGAAAGGCCAGUACCAGUACGGAUGUAUUCAGCUUUGGUGUUUUGAUGGUGGAGGUUGCGUGUGGAAGGCGCCCUGUAGACUCUUUUUACGAUGCUUCUCAGGAAAUUUUGUUGGAUUGGGUGAGGGAGUUGUAUGCCAACAGAAGGCUAAUGGAUGCGGCCGAUCCAAAGCUUGGUGGUUAUUUUGAUGAAGAUGAGAUGGAGACAGUGCUGAAAUUGGGAAUUUUGUGUUGUAAUCCUGAAGCAGAAGGAAGACCUGAUAUGAGAAAAGUGGUUCAUAUACUCGAAGGUGAAGUGCCCCUUGCGGCCUCUGGUCUUUUUCCGAGUCCCUGGAGAUGCAGUGAAUGA